AGGCUGAGCCUUGUUCCUGAUUUUUCUUCGGCACCGACUCCAAUCCAGUGUAUAUUUUCCAGCGCUAGACAAGUUGAUUUUUCGUCUGUUCGUGCAUCAUCUUAAUUUCGUUAUAAUUUUUGCAAUAGUAAUAUUUUCCAGUUUCGAGUGCAAAUUUCGAGGCAAAUUUCGAAGCGGAAAGAUUACAACGUUGAAGGAAGUUGAGCCUGAAGCUCGAAAUUUUGGGUUUUAGAAGGCAAGAAGUCGUCUGGUGGCCGGGAUUUUCUCGAAAUUUUCGGAACGCGGUCGACGACGGAACCAUUCGAGCAGCCGGGGCGUAGCGCGACUUGCGAACAAGGCGAAAAGUGAAGAUUUUCCUGUUUAUUGGAAUACAGAGCGCACACGGGGCGGAAGUGGAUUCUGAGUGUUCACGGUUCUCAAGUUUCCUCUAGAGAAAAAAGCAGUCCUUUUAAAGUGGCAAAAGUUUUUUGAAGAGAAAGUUUGAAAGUUUUCCGUUUUCCCUAAGUGACUGGAUUUUGAGUUCCUCGCGUCUUCUUCUACCACUGAUCAAUCAAUCUACAUAGUACUACCAAUACUACUACUACUACAACUACUACUACUACUGGCUACGGCUACUAGCUAUCGUUCCAUCCGUGACUUGGUUAAAUUUUCCAUCGGUCCGGGAGUGAGAAUCAUCGACGACGACGGCAAAGACGUCGGCCAUCGAGUGUUAGAAGAUAAAACAAAAAUUGAUACAUAUAGCAAAACCAAUUCCACCUUUUUCUCUAAACCAAAGUAUUGUAAGAAUCUAAUCGGAGGUGCUUCAGAAAAUAAAAGAACGAAAGCGCAGACGACGGUCCGGGAAUUUUCCGAGGCACACACGCCCUUAAACCCGAGCAAAACGAGACGAGACAAGCGAUAACACCAACUAAAACUACCAGAGUUAAUCACGAAAAGCAGUUUUCUCCAUCCCAGAAAUUUCCCCCUGCGAAGAAGAAGAAGAAGCGAGACGACGCGGUUCGAGCAAAGUUGUGGAAAAUCUCGGAAAAUUUUAGAGGAAAAAACGGGAUCAUAGGUGAUAAGGAAAUUUUACAUCUUGUAAUCUUUUGGAUGCACUUUCAUGAUAUAAUAAGAUACUAGGGAAGAACAAAAUACAACCACGAGGAAACAUUUUUGAUAUUCGGAUUUGGAUCUCUUUCCUUGGCAACAACGCGAGAUAUAUACAAGAGAAAUAAGAAAGUCAAGAAAAAAAACAAUAUACAAUAUUUAUAGCGAAAAACCAAGAUAAGAAAAGGAUCAAUUGCUUCCUAUUUACAAUAUAAAACCAAACUUAGCGAAUAAUUAGCAAAAGCGUCGACAACAACCGCAGCAACAAACUCGGAAAGACGAGGACUUUAAUCCCCCGAAGAAAAAAUAGGAAUUCCGGUCACUCACCCGCGACGCCAUCGUACGUCAUCCAACCAAAAAAUUGACCGCUUUCGAAUCUAUACCCCGAAGCACUUCGUUACCAAAACCCACUGAAAUUAAAACUUUUCGCCGCCCGUUUCCUUGAGGAUUUCGCACGAGUCAAACUUGUAUCCAGAAGUUGCACAUCCCGAUUCCGAAAAAAAUAUAAGAAAUACAAGAAGCAAACCGAACGCGUGUACCUAUACUUGAGCAUCCAGUAAAAGCAACAAAGCAAAACGGAAAUAACUUCAAGCAACCAAAAACCAAGAGUCAGAUUAACGACAAUCAACACUUAGCAGCACUACAACAAGAACAACAACAACAGCAACAAACACCCAAGGCAAACCAGGAGUGAAAUUUGAAACCGCACUACAAAACAACUAUAACACAAUACGAGCGUAACGCCCCGCCAUCUUAGAUUCAGAUUCGCCGGUCGAAGCUCCACCUAUUAGGUCGCUAUUAGCAACGAACGAAGGAAUCCGGCCGAUUCCCUUGAUCCAGGCGUUUUCCGACUAAAAAAAACCUAAAGCAAAAGCAGAUUUAAGAUUAAAAAGAGAAUUUCCUUUAUUGUAAGACAGAGAGAAAGGACAGAGUUUUCACUUCUUUAGCUAGAGAUUACAGCGAGUGCAUAGCACAACAUUCCCCCUUAAGAAAAACCUGUUUAGAGAAUCAACAACCUACUAAGAGAAAGAAAAGUUGAUAGUGAUUUACCUUGGCGCUAGCGCUACCACGUUGUUAGAGCAAAACAAUUUGUAUCUGAUUUAGGGCGAAAGCAAAAGCAAAGAGCAACAGCUAAUCCAUCCAACAAUACAGUACCAGUAAGCUUAAACCAAACAAAAAAGAAGAAGACCGCACGGCAAGCAGACGAUGAUGGCGAACGGUUUGGAGACAGUACAGCAAAAUGGUCGCUCCGGUUCCAUUGGUAGCGGCCAGGAGGACAGCAAGACCAACCUGAUUGUCAACUAUCUGCCACAGACGAUGACCCAGGAGGAGGUCAAGUCGCUCUUCUCCAGCAUCGGCGACGUCGAGAGCUGCAAAUUGAUUAGGGAUAAAGUUACCGGACAAAGUCUUGGUUACGGCUUCGUCAACUACCACCGCGCGGAAGAUGCGGAUAAAGCAAUAAAUACCUUUAACGGAUUAAGACUACAGAACAAAACGAUCAAGGUGUCGUUCGCACGGCCCAGCUCGGACGCCAUCAAGGGCGCCAAUCUGUACGUGUCCGGCCUGUCGAAGAGCAUGACCCAGCAGGAUCUGGAGGCGCUCUUCCAGCCGUACGGCCAGAUCAUCACCUCGCGCAUCCUGUGCGACAACAUUACCGGCCUAUCGAAGGGCGUUGGCUUCAUCCGGUUCGAUCAGCGCUCGGAGGCGGAACGGGCCAUCCAGCAGCUGAACGGAACGACGCCGAAGGGCGCCUCCGAACCGAUCACCGUCAAGUUCGCCAACAACCCGAGCAAUAACAUCAACAAGGCGAUCCCGCCGCUGGCCGCGUACCUGACGCCGACGCCGAACCUGCGACGAUUCCCACCCGGGCCGAUCCACCCGCUCAGCGGACGCUUCAGCCUUCCUUCCAACUUCAGUCGCUACUCGCCGUUGACCGGUGACCUAGGUACUUCAGUGCUCUCGGCCAACGCCAUCAACGGAUCCGGCUGGUGUAUCUUCGUGUACAACCUGGCCCCGGAAACGGAGGAGAACGUCCUGUGGCAGCUGUUCGGCCCGUUCGGUGCCGUGCAGAGCGUGAAGGUCAUCAAGGAUCUCCAGACGAACAAGUGCAAGGGCUUCGGGUUCGUCACGAUGACCAACUACGACGAAGCCGUGGUCGCUGUCCAGUCCCUCAACGGAUACACCCUCGGCAACCGGGUGCUCCAGGUCAGCUUCAAGACGAACAACACCAAGUCGAAAACGAACUAAAACUGGGAAAAAUUCUAAGUUUGUAUUCUUCCCACUCACACACCAAGCACACGGUUUUUUCUCGAAGCUGAAUCCCACGUGAAUGACAGAUCAAACAGAGAUACGCCCCGCCCUCGACCUUCUCCCAAUUCCCUCAAUCCUUCUUUCCUAUGAAGAAUACAUACAGAAUGAACACGGUCACAAAGCACUUGCAUUUGUCAACUCAUUUUUCCUGAUAGGAACCACUUUAAAAGACAACACCUGUUCCUUAUAUAGAACGAAGAAAACCCAAAAAUAUGCAGUGUAGGAAAGUAGCGUCUCCUGUGUUGUUUUCCCGAGGAUUCUGAUUUACUUUGAGCGCACGCAGCAACACUCGACAAAAACCGAAAGGAAAUAUCAUUCGUAAAGCUAUUAAGAUAUCAAGUGAAUCAAUGGAAUACUCUUAUAACAAAAAUUUAUUAAGGAAAAUAUACGAAGACGAAGUGAAACAACAGAAAGGUGCAAUAAUAUUUCAAAAAUAUUGUAUAUAGAUGAAUACAGAAAAUAAUUUGAUAUUUCCUAACUAGCAAAAAAAAAAUGCGAAUCAAGCCGAAUUACUGAGGAAGAACAACAAAUAGCAGAAUCAUUUAAAACUCAAAGAAAAGCCGAAAAUAUAAUUGUUAUUAGCCAUUUGCCGAGGCGGUUGCAGCGCGUUCGGUCGUUCCCUGGCGACACCUAGCGGCGAGCACGAACCUACCGAAGCCAACCCGCUUGCUGUGAUUCCACGCACGAAUCGAAGGAAAUUAGCGAAUUUUACCGAACGCUCAAUGUUUACUCCGUGACGAUGAUGAAAUGAAAGCAAAAGCGAAACUAAAAAGUCGAAGAAUCCAAGUGAAAACAAAUAUAAAUGUGCAAUAAUGUAUUAGAAACAUGGUACUAUCUCUAUAUAUUUAAAUGAAUAUAUUAGCCAAAUUGAUUCGCGCGGGAGAAUGGCAAACGGGGAUGGCCGUCCGGAAGCUUGCCGCAACCGAACGACCGAAUCGCAGCCAAACCGUGUCCACUCGGCAAAACGCUGAAUGAUCUCGUAACUAAAUUGAAGCUAAUCUAAAUAUAACGCAAACAAAAAACUCUAUUUAUUUAUAUACUAAUUUAUUCUUGAAUGUUUCAAUAUGACGUGAAUAGUAAACACAGCAAACAAAAAAAAACAAGUGAAAUCAUAAACAACGCGUAAUUUUUAAGAAGGCAAGCGAUAAUGACGAAGGCGAAGAAGCAGAAGAAGAAGAUCAUAAUAAACCAAUGGGAAUGGUGUAAUAAGUUCAUUUAAUUCUGUAACCUUAUAAUUGUAAUCUCACACAUUGUAUAUUUAUUCAACGGAUAAUUUAUUUAAUCAAUAUUAUACAAACUUAACGCAUCAAGCAAACAAACGUAAACGCUAAUUAUCGAUGGAUUUUUGAAUUUUUAAAAACAUCACAACCUAACCACAACAACGCAAAUGCAAUUUUUAAGUAAAACUUCUCUUAAGCCGUAUUAAUCUUAAAACUCUUCUUUCAAACUGUGUACACUUUUAAAUCGAAUCGAGAACAGAACCCUGGAAUCGAUCAUCUAUCGCUCUCUAUCUUUCUAGUUGUAAUUGUUCUCCCCCAUUUUCCUAGCAAAACAAAACAAAAAAAAAACGAUAACAAAACAUGCAAUUUGCCCGAAAGAGACGAACUUUGACACUUCAACACACGAACACACCGAGAACGGCAGUUUGAUUUGACAGACACCAACACACCAACUCACUCACAAAACAACUGAAUCUAGUCACCCUAAUUUGUAGGAGCGUAUAAAUGGUUUUAAAACAUAAUUCUCUCGUGUUUGACUUUGUUUUUGACGUUUGUUCAUUGAAUCCGAAGACGAAGAGGUAGAUGAAAAAUCAAACCAAAAAAAAAUAUGAAAGAAAACGUACCCGUACUGCAAUUGAUUUAGUGUUAUGUUUAGCGUUUAAGCAAAGGAAACUAACUCAAAGAAUGGAAAAUACUUUUUCGUCACUCGUACUCGUUUACCAAAACCAAAAGGAAAUUGAAUUUAAGCAAAUUUGACGUCUACUAAGUAAAGAAAAAUAUUCAAAAAAAAAUACUCUUACAAAAUGUUGGUAGUGAAAUUUUACUUCAGUGGGUUUUUCUCUCUCUUAUAAUCCCUUAUAUCAAUGUUUAUAUUCGUGAUCAGUUUUUAAACUAAAUUUAUAUUAGUGGAACUAAGUUUAAGGUGAAUUCGAUACUAACUGGACUAUUGCGCUUAACUCAAAUUAAAACUAACUAACCGAAAGGGAAGCCAUCUUGUGUGACGCGUCGCGGUAGGCGGUGAGACGGACGGAAGCAAGGUCGAUGAAGAAAAAGACAAAUAAAAUCUGGUACGCACACACAGAAGCGAUCUUUGAUCUUUGUUCAGAUUCCUAUUUUCAAAACGCUGUCUUUGUUAUUUCUCCUUGGCUACUUUAAAUCAAUUGUGUAAGCUAAAAACAAAUAAUAAAGUAUUAGUCAACCGAAGCAAAACUUACGUAAAUUUAGUAGACAAAAAGUAAACGUAUUGAUGAUUUUAUGCAUAAAAAAACUACUUUUCUCGAUUUUAGUCAAAAUUUUAUUGAUUAGAUAUUAUAUUCAUAUAAAUUAUUCAAAUCGCAGCAUACGCAAUAUGUUUAAGGGAAAGUAUUGUAUCAAUUAUUGUGCAAGUAGACACAUCAGAGCAGCGGCCAUCAUGGGAGAACAAGAAAGAAUUGAGUCAUCCGCCGUUUGACAGUUAGCAGAAACAAGAAAACAAACAAUCAGAGCCAUCUUGGCCCACAUCACUUGAAGUGACAGUUCUUAGUACCGAAUGCUUCACUCACACACAGCACAAACAGUAAGUUCAAUGUACGAUCACAUUCAGCAAGAUAAUUUUACAGCAUAGCCUACUUGUUCGGGUAUUGCAAAACAGAUAAUUUAAUCUAUUUUCUUACACUUGACGCACACAAACAUAAGAACGCAAACUCACAGAGACACAAACGAACGAAUUCGUCACAGAUUCGCGCAUCAAGAACACACAAACACAAGCAAAAGCAAAGCGAGCAACUUGUCACUAGUAUUGAUAUUAAAUUUUAUGUAUUCGAAACAAGAAAACUAAAAGAAAUUAAAGAAAAUUAUAAGAUACAUGUUAUAUUUGCAUAUUAUUAUAACGAAAACAAAAAACUAUUCUAUUAUCAUUCAUUGAAGAACAACUGAAGCAAAAUACAAGCGCAAAACUGUUCCAGAUUAAUCCAGAACUCAUUUCUCAGCCGUGAUGUAGCCAUUGUAAACAACCAAACCCGAAUCUCCCAUUCUGCAAACAAAGGACAAGCUAAAUCCAUUUACAGGAAAAGACAUACCGCAAUUUUUACCCCCCGUUGUACUGAAUAAAAAACACGAAAGCGAACGAGCAAAACCUGUUAUUUUACUAGGCAAAAUAUUGACCGAAGCAAAUAAUCCCCGAAACAGCAAGAAUAAUAAUAAUUAAACAACAUAAGGCAAAAAACAACUGUUGGUAAACAAUGAGACUGGAUGUAAAAGUUUUUAAAACGCUCAGUGUAAGCGAAGCAUUUGUAUUCAGCGCGCAAACUUAGGAAAAGAACGCAGAACCGGAUCUCCCGGAGCAACUUCCACAUGGGAAAACAAUAACCGACGAUAAACGGAAGAAAAGAAGAACGGCAGCACAAGUGAGUCGAAACGUCAACGAAUACAACGAGCAAAUCAUACGGAGAAAAACAUUAACAGAUUAAUAAAGCAAAACAUACAAAAACCACACACAAACAAAUCGAUCAAUCAUUAACAUUUCAGUCCAUUGUGUGUGUGACCAAAGGAAGAAGAUGGCGCACACGCCAGAGCAAAAGAGAGAAACACCAAGAUGACGCUUUUAAGGACCUACCAUCUUCCCGGUUUGUUUACCUUUUCCAGACCUCAAGCAGACAAUUUCAAUUCCACAAGCAUUUCCUCCACACCACAGACUCCAUUUUGACUGAACGUCUACUUUUCGCGCAACAAAACAAACAUUGAACAACUAAACAAAACUAAUCUCCAUCCAUUUGUUAGACGACAUUGACAACUAUCAACAGAACAACAAAACAUUGACAUUUAGAGGGAAAAAAGAUAUAAAACGAUAGCGCAAAAUCUACCACCAAAGUAGGCCAUGUGAUCCGUUAGAACAGACAGAACAUCGCGCCGAGGGGCCCCUCGAAACAAAUUUAGCGCAUAUUUACUCGAUCCCCGCUGCUCUACUGUUAGCCGUCGUUCGGUUGGGGCAAGCACCCAUACUUACAAGUAGGAAAUUUUCUCGCUCAUGUGAAAAACAAAUACGCUUAUUUAGACCCGAAAAUUGUCCCUCAACUCCGAAAGAGAGCCAUUUUCCCACCUUGGAGAUUGAGAAUGUUAACCAAUCGAUGCGAAAACUAACAUCCGACUAUCUGAGGGCCCCUCGGCGCGAUCAGCCGAAUAGUAAUCAAAGCAAAGUAAGACCUAUUUGGAACAAAUGCUAGACCGAAAUUCAAUAUAAUUGUUUCAGAACCCUUAACAAAGCAACCGAAUCUAUAUUAAUGGCAACUGUAAAAGGGGAAAGAAAUUAAAGUUUUAUGAAACACACAACCGAUGAAGCAUUUUAUUUCCGAUUCACUAAAAACAUUCAAUGGUCGCAGGAAAGAAAAUGGAAGCGCAAAUCAUCGGACUGUCUGCGUCAACAACAACAAGAACAACAAUGGCGACAGCAGAAGCAGCAAAACCAGUGAAAUA